CGGAGAUCCCGGAUGUGAACGCCGGAUAAGAUGUCUUCGCGCCACGUUCUGUUCACUCCAUUGUUGAUCGAGCAGAAGUCCGCGAAUAAUAUCUUGCCGGCACGCGAGGGUGUAUGGGAUGAGUUGAUUCCCUGCAGCAUCUCGAGAUUGGAUAACCCACGAAGCAGGUGGCCAAGUGUGGCGAAGAAGAACAGCUCGAGCAAAGCUCUGCCUGCGUUCGCCCUCUACUAGCUUAGUCAGUCGCCCGACAUUGUCUACUAAGUCGAGACAAGGCUGCAAAGGAGAGUCGG